CCGCGAUACUCGAGAAUUAUAUCUUUGAACAACACCCCAUUCUCAAGCAUUCAUCAUGUCCCCAGAUCCGUUAAGCUGGACCUUACGGUUCAAAAAGCACAAGACAACCGUAAUGCUGAUGCUUCCAGCCCAAGCAUCAAUCCAAUCCACAAAAGAGAAGUUACAUAGCGCACUCAGAUCGCGCGGUCUCUCACAGAUAAACGGCGAUCCUAUUCCCGAUGAUGCUUCACAGAUAGAGUUCGGCACACCUAUCGACCGAAAUGAUCUCGAGAAAGGCUGGGUUCGUAUAGACCCUAAGGUCGAUGAGAACGGCGAUAGCGAAACAAAGAAACCGAGCGCCGGACGACCGAAGAAAGGCGCGCUGACUGAUAGUCUACAGGCAGCUAACAUUCGCGAUGGUCAAGCUAUUGCGUUUCGGUUUAGGAAGGCUUCUGAGGGCAAGGACAGCGAUGAAGAUGAGGAUCUCGAAGAUCCCGGAUGGGACGUGUCGAUUCCAUCGCUUGAUGAUGAAGAGCUUCAGUAAUCAAUUCUGGAUGCCCACUCAAUGAAAAAAAAGUCCCAUUUUUAUGCUCUAAGUGAACUGGUGACAGGUUCCUGGUGUUGGUGGCGCAUAUAUUCGCAGUUUACACACUGUUGUACCGUACAAUCUGCAAAAGAGAUAUUUAUUUACAGAUUUUGGCUGCUAUUAACCCCUGGGCACUGUUCAUUGCCA